UUAGAGACUGCUCAAAAAAAAGGCUAUUGAUACUGCAAGGGGGGCAUGAGAAUCAAACAGUUGGGGGGGCGCGGUCAAUACAUCCAUCGGUGGAAGCGAGAGUCAGAGCUCUCCGCUCGAUCUCGCAGUGGGGCGGCAACUACUUGUGAAGACUGGGAUGCUGUGGAGUUCUGGUUAUGGUGCAUGCCUUCAGUCUGAAGUGUAGUGGCUGGCGAGCCGGAGUGGGGCCAGGAGUGGGGCUCGGCCCGCCCCCCUCCCCGUCAGGCUCCGUUUCCACUGCUGCUGCCCCUGCUGCCGUUCUGCUCGCGGCACGAACCUCGAGCGCUGGGCGCGCGCAGCCCUGUGGUCGGGGACGGCGCGUGGCUGCCAGGGUAGGAGCCGAAGCCGGGGUCGGGCGCUCUCCGAGUCGAGCGUGCGCGGCAAAAAGACGAAAGUGAAUGCCCGCCGCACCUCGAUCCCGGCAGACGGCUCGGGCUCGGGCGAGGCCGUGGCGAGCCGCGACGGGGAGAUGAGGGCCCACGAGCUGACGCCUCCGUCGGCGGCGUCCGCGUCG